AUGGGAUUAAGUUUUGUCCGCCAGCAAAACUUGGUUCAUCGAGAUUUGCAUCCAGGGAAUAUAUUAAAUGACAGAUAUGGGGACGGUGAUGGAGAUGGUUUUGAUAGAAGUUUUAUUACUGAUGUAGAACCAUGCAGACCAACUAAUUAUCGAGAAAAAGAAGGCGAGAUCUUUGGUAUUCCUCCUUAUGUUGCCCCGGAAGUGAUUCUAGGUCAGCCUUAUACCCCGGCUAGUGAUAUUUAUUCUUUUGGAAUAGUAGCUUAUGAACUAUUCGCUAAUGCUUAUCCUCACCUUGAUUACGAUUUCGGCAACAAAAUAAUUUGUAAAAUUUUUUUUGACCAAGUGGUAAAUGAGGAGUUAAGACCUAAUAUAGAUGAAAUUCCCCUACCCAAAGAAAUAAAAGAUUUAAUCACAAGGUGUUGGAAUGCUGAUCCUGCUAAAAGACCAACUGCUCAAGAACUUUAUAGGACUUUAGAGAAAGAAUAUAACCACUUCUCUAAAAACACUUCUUAUAGAAUUAAUCCCACCUCUGUCGUUGCUAGUAUACCAAUAAACACUAAUCAAAUCACCGAAUCAUUAAAAAAAGCCUGUAAUUAA